CUUCAACGCCUCCUGACUGGACAUGAGGCGUCAAUUUUGCCGCGCCGUGACCCUAACGCUUCAGUGUGAACAGCAAUGUGUGCUGCCAUGUGCAGAAUUUUCAUAGGCGUUUGAGGAGCGUUAAAAACGCUUCCCAAAACGCCUGUCUGACGCCUGCUAACAAAGCUAUUCAGUGCCACCUGUCAGUGUCCAUCAGUGCCUUGUGUCAGUGUGCUCAUCAGUGCCUCGUGCCAGUGCCCAUCAGUGCCACAUCAAUGUCACAUAUCAAUCACCAGUGCACAUCAAUGCCACAUAUCAGUGCCCAUCUGAGCUGCCUUUCAGUGUCACCCAUCAGUGCCAGUCAGUGCCACCUAUCAAUGCCAGUGCCACCCAUCAGUGCUACCUAUCAGUGCCAGUCAGUGCCAGCUAUCAGUGCCACCUAUCAG